UCACUUAAAGAAAAUAUCAGACCAGUUGGCAUACUGUGGCCACAUACUUUGCCUUACUCCCUCAUCUACAUUUUCUCCUGAAUAACUGUGCCUUCUGCCGAACUUUUGAUCUACGACGGACUGGAAGACAGCAUGGCAUCGCCACAGCAUCAGCAACUGCUGCCUCACAACACAGAAGUGAGCUGUGACUCAAGUGGAGAUGGAGGCGUCUCUGUUAGAAUUGGCAGCAGUGCCAAACACAAACAUGGAGGCGGGCCGCUCGGUUCAAUCGGGGGAGGCUUCAUUGGGGGAGCCAAGCACUGCAAGUACAGCAUUUCCUCGAGCUGUAGCUCUGGAGAGUCUGGAGGGAGGAGGCCGGUCGUCAAAAGUUUCCGUGCCCAGCGGAGGAUGCCUCAGCUUUUUGAGCGGUCCGCAGGUCAUUUCUGGGAUCCAAAGUUCGACUCCUCUAUUUUGGAAGAGGCCUGCAGAGAACGGUGUUUCCCUCAGACUCAGCGCCGCUUCCGCUAUGUGCUCUUUUACCUGCUAGCCGCCGGUUUCCUUUGGGGAUUGUAUUUCGCCAUCAACCCCUCCUGCUGUGACAGGGCUGUUUUCCUCCUUCCCACUGCUUCCUUCCUCCUUUUUUGUCUCCUUCUCUUCCUCUUGACUUUUACCAAGCUGUACUCUCGCUGCUACAACCAAGCAUCUCUGCUGCUCAUCUUUGUGACCUUCAUCCUGACUCUGGCUCCCCAAAUCCAGACAUCCGUCUUCACAGAACAGGAAUCUCCCACGCCUGCGCUUGACGUGGAGGAGUUCAGUGGCAUUGGGCCGACGUACAACCUGUCAUAUGACAAGCUGGUGGACGAACGCACCUGCGCCCCUUGUCUUUCACCUGUAGGCAGUUUCUCCCUCUGUAUUGAAGUUCUUCUUUUGCUCUACAGUGUUCUACAUAUCCGUCUCUAUGCCUCUGUCCUGCUUGGGUUUCUCUAUUCUGUCUUUUUUGAGAGUUUGGGCUGGCUGCACCUGACCCACGUUGGGCAGAGCUGGAGCUUCGCCUCGCCGUUAGACUGGGAAACACUGAGCUGGUUCGGUCCAGCCAAAGCCUUGCUCCACCUCUGUGCUCAUGCCAUCGGCAUCCACCUGUUCAUCAUGUCCGAGGUGCGGUCGCGCAGCACUUUCCUCAAGGUGGGACAAGCUAUCAUGCACGGAAAGGAUCUGGAGGUGGAGAAAGCCUUGAAAGAGCGGAUGAUCCACUCCGUUAUGCCCAGAAUUGUGGCUGACGAGCUGAUGAAGCAGGGCGACGAGGACAUAGGAGAUAACUCAGUGAAGCGGUACUCCACCAGUGGUGCGGCCGCCGCCAUCUCCAGCCCGAAAAACAACAAGCGCAAGAAAACCUCCAUCCCCCGAGGCCAGAUCAUCUUCAGACCGUUCAACAUGAAACGGAUGGAGCCCGUCAGCAUCCUCUUCGCAGACAUCGUGGGUUUCACCAAAAUGUCUGCCAACAAAUCUGCUCAUGCGCUUGUUGGACUUUUAAAUGAUUUGUUUGGACGUUUCGAUAGACUUUGUGAGAUCACUGGCUGCGAAAAGAUCAGCACUCUGGGAGACUGUUACUAUUGUGUAGCCGGUUGUCCCGAGCCAAGAGCUGAUCAUGCCUAUUGCUGCGUGGAAAUGGGCCUGGGCAUGAUUCAGGCGAUUGAACAGUUCUGCCAGGAGAAGAGAGAAAUGGUGAACAUGAGGGUGGGCGUCCACACGGGCACUGUGCUGUGUGGGAUCCUGGGCAUGAAGCGCUUCAAGUUUGACGUUUGGUCCAAUGACGUCAAUCUGGCAAAUCUGAUGGAGCAACUGGGCGUGGCGGGAAAAGUCCACCUUUCGCAGGCCACGGCCGACUUCCUGGAUGACCGGUACCAGCACGAAGACGGACAGGUCAUUGAGAGAAUCGGACAGAGCGUUGUGGCUGAGCAGCUCAAAGGCCUGAAGACUUACCUGAUCUCUGGCAGGAAGAUGGAGCCUCAUUCUCACUGCGGCUGCUCCCAGAUGGGGCUGGCCGGGCCGGAGCAGGCCGCCCCGGUGUCCGCCGGCCCGCAAAGAGCCAAGUCGCCCUGUCUGUCCUGCAGCGUGGCCCUCAUAGCAGCGGAGGAUCAGGUGGUGGAGGAAGGUGUGGUUCACAAUGGCUGCCAUGAUGACCACAAGACCAGCAUAAACAAGGAGUGCUCCAACCUCAAGUGUUCUCCAGCGGUGUCUGCAGGGCGCGGCGCCAGGGCCCUGAACGGCCUGCUCAGCCCCAGGCUCGAGGCCCUGACUAACAGCCAGACGUCGCUGUGCGAGAUGCUGCAGGAGAAGGAGAAGAAGACCUGGAGCGGGGGAGCCAUGGGCAUGGACCACUCGGUGCUCAUCCCGCUCCGGUCCAAGAACUUCAGGGAGAGGAGCGACGCGCACUUUGUUGAUGUUAUCAAAGAGGACAGUCUUAUGAAGGACUACUUCUACAAGCCUCCCAUAAACAAACUGAGCCUCACCUUCCUGGAGAGGAGCCUGGAGUCUGCUUACCGGAUAAGCUACCAGGAGGAGGUGGAGACUCAAGCAGCGGUGCAGACGUUUGCCAGUCCGACAUUCAGCUCUUUCCUGGACAUGCUGCUCUGCUGCUCAGUGUUUCUGGCUCUCUCCGUGGCUUGUUUUCUUCAGCCGCUUGUUACUCAGCAGAGUCUGUCCACACCGGCGCUCGUCCUGACAGCUGUAGCCGCCCUGUUCGAGGCUGUGGCUCUGCUGUUUGCCGUACGCAUGGCGUUCUAUCUGGACAGCGCGCUGAGCUGCACACGGCUGCUGAUGACGGGCGUCUCAGGCUGGGUGGUGCGUCACAUCAUCGGAGCCUUCCUCAUCUCCCUCCCCGUUGUCGCAGUCUUCUGCCAUGUCACCUGUGACAGGCAUCUCUCCAUUCAGUUCACUAUGUUCAUCUGCUGUGCUGUCAUCAUUGCGAUCAUUCAGUACUGUAACUUCUGCCAGCUCAGCUACUGGAUACGCUCCACGCUUGCAACACUGGUGGGGAUGGUGCUGCUCACCUUGCUCUUCAGCUCCCCCUGCAGUGUUGCUAAGAGUUUUCUUUUCUGGUCCGAUGGCCACAAGAACACGAGUAACACCUCCAUCCUCGCGUCGGACGACUUUGUGGAGUCAGAACCGCAGAAGCCGCAGCCGCAGGACCCGCUGGGCCCCGAAGCCUGCGUGGCCUUUUUCCUCCUCCUCCUGCUGGUCUGGUUCCUUAACCGUGAGUUUGAGGUCAGUUAUCGCCUUCAUUACCACGGCAACGUGGAAGCCGAUCAGCACCGCAUCAAGAUUCAGAACAUGAGGGACCAGGCCGACUGGCUCCUCCGCAACAUCAUUCCCAUUCACGUGGCGGAGCAGCUCAAGGUCACCCAGAGCUACUCCAAAAAUCACGACAACGUGGGCGUGAUCUUCGCCAGCAUCGUCAACUUCAGCGAGUUCUACGAGGAGAGCUACGAGGGAGGCAAGGAGUGUUACCGUGUCCUCAAUGAGCUGAUUGGAGACUUUGACGAGCUUUUGCGGAAGCCCGUCUUCGGAAAUAUCGAGAAGAUCAAGACUAUCGGCGCCACAUACAUGGCGGCGGCGGGACUCAACGCUCAGCAGUGUGCGGACGCGGCGCACCCCCACGCCCACCUCCGCGCCCUUUUCGAAUUUGCACUGGAAAUGAUGCACGUCGUGGACGACUUCAACAAGAACAUGCUCGGUUUCGGCUUUAAGCUCCGCAUCGGGUUCAACCACGGGCCCCUGACGGCGGGCGUGAUCGGCACCACCAAGCUCCUCUACGACAUCUGGGGCGACACGGUCAACAUCGCCAGUCGCAUGGACACGACCGGCGUGGAGUGCCGCGUGCAGGUCAGCGAGGAGAGCUACUGCGUGCUCAGCGGCAUGGAUUACGACUUCGAUUACCGCGGCACCGUCAACGUGAAGGGCAAAGGUCAGAUGAAGACCUUCCUGUACCCGAAGAGCAGCGACAGCGGCCCCGUGCCUCAGUACCAGCUCUCGGUCUCGCCCGAGAUCCGAGCGCAGGUGGACGGCAGCAUCGGGCGCUCGCCCACUGACGAGAUCGCCAGCAUGGUGCCCGCGUCCAGCGCCGCGAACAGCAGCAGCACGAUGGUGCCCAGCGCCAGCACCGGCUCCUCCGCCGCGACGGGACUGAGCCGCGUGAAAGACGCCGACAGACGCCCCGUGGCGAAAUCCUCCCUCGCCAGGCGGUCCGUUUCCCACAGCGGCCUCACGUCUAUACCCGUCACGUGUCUAGAAGGGCCUCCUCCAAGCAACAAGCAGCUCAUCGUCUCUCCAUCGGUCCAGCAAGUCACGUCUCACAAUUCAACCAUCUCCCAGCAAGACAACAGAAAGGACAAUGACCGCGAUGGCGGCGGCGCUGUCGGAGAAUUAACGAGACUUUAGGAAUUCACAACAACGGCACUUUUAUUAACCCUGUACCCUUUAAGCUCUUGUUCCUGCCAGGAGACGUGUGGAUCGGCUGUACAU